AGCUGAGCUGAAAGGCCACCACAGCCAUCUUCACCAAGGUAAUACUUCAGCUUCUGGCAUUAAGGACCUAGGAAAUAAUCCCGCAGAUUUGAGCUAUCUGGAAGAUGAAGCCCUGGCUGCAGUUAGUGUUCUUUACCUGUAUUUUCUUGAUCUGGCACACAGAAGCAGAGUUCUUCACCUCCAUAGGUCAAAUGACAGACCUGAUUUAUGCGGAGAAAGACUUGGUACAGUCUUUAAAGGAAUAUAUCCGAGCGGAAGAGAACAAGCUCUCUCAGAUUAAAAGCUGGGCUGAAAAAAUGGAUAUACUGACUAGCAAAUCAACCUCUGAUCCAGAAGGGUAUCUGGCACAUCCUGUAAAUGCAUAUAAGCUGGUGAAGCGUUUAAAUACUGACUGGCUGGAAUUGGAAAACCUGGUUCUUCAGGAUACAACAAAUGGCUUUAUUGCAAAUCUUACCAUUCAGCGUCAGUUUUUUCCAACUGAGGAAGAUGAGACUGGAGCUGCGAAGGCUCUGAUGCGCCUGCAGGACACAUACAAACUGGAUCCUGAAACACUCUCUCGAGGAAACUUACCAGGAACAAAAUAUAGAUCCUCUUUGACAGUAGGUGACUGCUUUGGUAUGGGGAAGACUGCUUACAAUGAUGGAGACUACUAUCACACGGUACUCUGGAUGGAACAAGCCUUAAAACAACACGAUGAGGGAGAAGAUACAACUGUCAGCAAAGUGGAGAUCCUAGAUUAUCUCAGCUAUGCUGUUUUCCAGUUUGGGGAUUUACACAGAGCCAUGGAGCUUACCAGACGUCUGAUAUCCCUUGACAGCACUCAUGAGAGAGCAGGCAGUAAUCUGCGGUACUUUGAGAAGUUGCUGGAGAAGGAGAGAGAGGAGAAGGAGAAAGAGAAGUCAAUAAACAAGACCAUGACAACGACAGAGCCAGUGGUGCAAAGUGGUGCCUAUGAGAGGCCUCUUGACUACUUGCCGGAGCGUGACAUCUAUGAGGCCCUUUGCAGAGGUGAAGGGGUAAAAAUGACACCUCGAAGACAGAAAAGGCUGUUUUGUAGGUACCAUGACGGAAACAGAAACCCUCACCUGCUCAUAGCUCCCUUUAAGGAAGAAGAUGAAUGGGAUAGCCCUCAUAUUGUACGAUACUAUGAUGUCAUGUCUGAUGAAGAAAUUGAGAAAAUUAAACAACUAGCUAAGCCAAGGCUGGCACGAGCCACAGUACGUGAUCCCAAAACCGGUGUCCUUACAGUGGCUAGCUACAGGGUAUCAAAAAGCUCAUGGUUGGAGGAAGAUGAUGAUCCUGUUGUGGCCAAGGUGAAUCAACGAAUGCAGCAGAUCACAGGGUUAACAGUGAAAACAGCUGAACUAUUGCAGGUUGCCAACUAUGGAAUGGGAGGGCAGUAUGAGCCACACUUUGAUUUUUCUAGGCGACCCUUUGACAGCACACUCAAAUCGGAAGGAAAUAGGCUAGCGACGUUUCUUAACUAUAAAGAUGAGCCAGAUGCUUUCAAGCGGUUAGGGACUGGAAAUCGUGUGGCCACUUUUUUAAACUAUAUGAGUGAUGUAGAAGCUGGAGGAGCUACAGUUUUCCCAGAUUUUGGGGCAGCAAUAUGGCCCAAGAAGGGAACAGCAGUGUUUUGGUACAAUCUUUUCAGAAGUGGUGAGGGUGACUAUAGAACAAGGCAUGCAGCUUGUCCAGUACUAGUAGGGUGUAAAUGGGUUUCAAACAAAUGGUUUCACGAAAGAGGAAAUGAAUUCUUAAGACCUUGUGGGAGAACAGAGGUUGACUGAAACCCAACCUGCUGCAGGCCUUUGUUUCUCUGUCUCCUUUUCUACUGUUGUUUGUUCCAGUUCAUUUCUAAGAAAUGAUCCAACUUUUUCUCCAAGAGUCCUGGCACUUUACCAAAAAAGGACAACAAAAUAUGUAACACCUGUGAAAGAAAGUAAAUGGCAUUGUACACAU